AUGUUGAUGAAUAGUAUUAUUAGUAAAUACUCUAAUCGUUUAAUACAGACGAGUAGUAGUAUUGCUAUUAGAUCAUAUGCUUCAUCAUCGACAUCAACUGCAAACAUUAGAUCAACAUUUCUAAAUUACUUUAAUGAAAAUGGACAUAAAAAGGUAGAUGGAUCAUCUUUGAUACCUCAUAAUGACUCUACAUUACUCUUUACAAAUGCUGGUAUGGUACAGUUUAAACAGUGCUUUGCAGCACUUGAAACACCACCUGCUCCAAUGGUGACGACUGCUCAAAAGUGUGUUCGUGCAGGUGGCAAGCACAACGAUUUGGACAAUGUAGGGUAUACUGCUCGUCAUCAUACCUUUUUCGAGAUGUUGGGUAACUUUUCAUUUGGAGGUUACAAGCAUGCAAAGAGAGAUGCUAUCCGUCAUGCGUGGCAGUUGCUCACCGGUCCGAUGGGAUUGCCUGCCAACCGUAUCGUAGCAAGUGUGUUGGAGGGUGACGAAGAGGCCGCUGACAUUUGGAGAACCGAGAUUGGGUUGACAGACGACCGCAUCCUUAGGUGUGGUCCAAAAGACAACUUUUGGUCGAUGGGUGAUGGUGCAGGCCCGUGCGGACCGUGUUCCGAGUUGUUUUGGGAUCGUGGAGAAGGCAAUGAAAUGGAUGGCGAGAGAUACCUCGAGAUUUGGAAUCUCGUCUUUAUGCAGUAUUGGCGUGACGAUGCUGGCAACUUGACACCACUACCUACACCAUGUGUCGAUACUGGAAUGGGGUUAGAACGUAUGGCUGCCGUCUUACAAGACAAACAGAGUAACUAUGAGAUUGAUCUAUUUGCCAAUCUCAUAGACGGUAUCAAAAGUGUUGCUGAAAAGAAUGACUCUGUGUUUGUCGGUAAAGUACACGCUGAUAAAUUCGAAACGUCAAUGCGUGUCAUUGCAGAUCAUCUUCGGUCGGUCAGUUUCCUCAUUGCAGACGGUGUCGUUCCGUCUGCCACUGGCAGAGGAUACGUUCUACGAAAGAUCAUUCGUCGUGCACUAUCCUAUGGCCAAAUGAUCGGGUUCCAACAACCAUUCCUUCAUCUCCUCCAACCACUUCUCACCUCUUUGAUGGGUGACUUUUACACGCAGCUCAGUCAACGUGCUCCACAAAUCCAAAAUGUCAUUUACAACGAAGAGAUUCUCUUUUACCAAGCCAUUCAGCGUGGAGUCACCUAUCUCGACGAUCUCAUCGACUCUAAUAAACUCGACGAGUGGAAUGUAUUCAAUAUCUACUCUACCUAUGGUCUCCCCCUAGAAAUCAGUGAAGUAAAAGCUAGACAAUCAAACAUCAAUAUCGACAUGGACAAAGUUCAACAAUUCAUAGAUGAAACAAAAGAAAAAUCAAAAUCAUCUUGGAAAAAAGAUCAAUCAAAUAAUAAUACCAAUCAAAUAUUACAAAAAUGGAAGAAUGAAAAUAUUAAAAGUAAUUUUGUAGGAUAUGAAAAAUUACAUUGUACAACUAGGAUUAAAGCACAACAUUUCUCUGAAGAGGAUAAUCUUUUAUAUGUUGUGUUGGAAGAUUGUCCAUUCUAUGCAGUAUCUGGUGGUCAAAUUGGAGACAAGGGUAUAAUUGUUACUAGUGUUGGCAAUGGUGAGAAUAUUUACAAUGUCAUAGAUACACUAAAACCAUACGAUGGAGUACAAGUUGUAGUGAUAGAAUUUGAUAGUACCAAACAAAGAUUAAAUCAAGUAAUGGAUGAUCUAAAAGUGGAUAACAAGGUUGAUUGUAGGGUAGACAAACAAACUAGACAACAAACAGCUAUUCAUCACACUGCAACUCAUCUAUUACACUCUGCUCUACGAAAAGAGUUGGGAGAGAAUAGUGUAGUGCAAGCAGGUUCGUAUGUAGGACCAGAGAGUUUGAGAUUCGAUUUUACGGCAGUUGGUAAAUUAUCGAACAAGCAAAUAACAAACAUUGAACAAACAGUCAACCAAGCCAUCCAACAAGACAUACCAUUGGAUGUACAAGAAAUGUCGCAGGGUGAUGCUGUCAAGACUGACGCUAUCCAAUUGUUUAGUGAAAAGUAUGGAGAUAGUGUAAGAGUGGUAUCAGUACCAGGCGUAUCGAAAGAGUUUUGUGGAGGUACACAUGUAGGCAAGACAGGUGACAUUCAAUUAUUUAGAAUCGUGUCAGAGACUAGUAUAGCUGCUGGAACGAGACGAAUUGAAGCACGUGCAGGUCAAGCUGCCGCUACAUGGCUAGACAGUUUCAAGAGUACUGUAGAUGGACUAGCCACCAAGUUGGGUGUCCCAACCAAUAUAGUUGGAAAACAUGUUGAAUCAUUAAUUGACAAUAAGAAACAACUAGAAAAACAAGUAUCAGAAUUACAACAACAAAUAUUAUUCAACUCUAUCAAAACACAUAAUGGAAAGAUUCAAUUGGAUGGAAACAACAACAACAGUAUAGCAUGUAGUCUACAUCUAUUGAGUGGACAGUCGACAACAAUAGACAAAAACACAUUACAAGAGAUAUCAAAAAAACUUGCCAAGACUCAACCAAACCAUAUUCACAUACUUUUAACAACUGAAGCAACUGACAACAAGUUGAUAUGUACAGUUGGUAGUCAACUCGAAAAACAAGAGGUCUCUGCCAAUGCCGAUAAACUUCUCAAACAAUUAUUAACCAACACUAUUAAAUUUGGAAAAGGUGGAGGUAAAAUACAAGUUGAAAUCAUGGAAGAUUCUUUUGAAAAAUUGAUUGAUCAAAAAAAGAAAGACAGAUUCAUUGCAGAAGAGUCAUUUAUAUUUAUAUUAAUUUUAGAGAUAGAUAGAAAGAUGGUUGUAUAUAGAUUCUUAGGAGGAGGAAACAAUUCACCAGAUCAACAGUUAUUAAAUGAAGUAGGAUAUUUGUCAAACCUUACAGAACAAGACAAAUUCGAUCAACUUGUAGAUAUAAUCUUUGCAUUCUUGCUUUCACAAAAGGGCGAUGAACUAUUAGCCUCUAUAUCAUCAUACUCUGAACAACAUGGUAUUGGUGAGAAUGCAUUAAAGAAUAUAGUAAAAGGAACAAUAAUUAUACCAAUUCACUAA